AUGAUUUCAGCAUUGCGACCAGCUCACAGUCGCCCGUUGAAUGGCCGAUUGGCGUUGCUGCCUCGUGUUCAGCGAUGCCAGCUUCAUGAACUUUGGGAGCAAUCUGGUCGAUUGACCGAAGGCUCCGCCGAGGUCUUUCGCUUCCACGACCGGAAGGAUACUCGCUUUCUCCUUGCCCCCACUCAUGAAGAGGAAAUUACAUCUCUCGGAAAAGCGCGAAAAUAUCGAGAUGAGGCCAGGCCAAGGCAGGGACUUCUCCGCGGCCGUGAAUUCGUGAUGAAAGAUCUCUAUACAUUCGACUACAACGUGCCCGAGGCCCUGAAGACCUACAAGGCCGUUAAAUACGCUUACACCCAGCUCUUUGAUGAACUGAAAAUCCCGUAUCUCGUCGCUGCAGCCGACUCCGGAAACAUGGGUGGAAGUCUCAGCCAUGAAUACCACUUCAUUAGCGCAAAGGGCGAGGACCGGGUUGUUAGCUGUUCCCAUUGCGAUCACGUCUAUAACGAAGAACUGGCCGAUGGCAAAACACACAAAUUUAACGAGACUGAAGAAAGUGCCGCUGUUCCGGGCUUCCAGACUGAGGAGGCGAAGGUCGAAGGCGGCGCAACAAUCUCCAAUGGCAUGUGGAUGGCCAUCUCACACGAUGGAAACACCCUUCUCCGGGGCUGGUACCCCAAGUAUUCCAUGCAAAAUGGAUCUACGGAGCCGGUUGAAAGACAUGUUAACUCGCAUGCUGUGAAGGCAAUCGCCACCGCCGCAGGUGUCGAUCUCGAUCUGAGCGUCGAGAACCCCAAAGAGAAAUGGACAGCCCAUGUCCAGUCUCGAUCAUCUUCGCAUAGGCCCCGAGUGUUGGAUCUAUAUGACUCACAGGUGCGAGUGUACCAACGUCCGCCUCUCAGCGAUCUCCUGAAAGAAAUCGGCUGCACUGCUGCGGAUAUCGAGUACUCCAAACUGGACCGUUUCCCGGGUACGUCAAACCAGCUUAGCCUCGUUCGCGUACAUGACGGAGACAACUGUGCACAGUGUGCCGAUGGCCAAUUGACGAGCAACCCUGCGGUGGAACUGGGCCACACCUUCCAUCUGGGUACGAGGUAUAGUGAGGUGCUCCAGGCCUCGGUCUCUGUGAACCAAGCUGUUCUCGACGGAUCUGCUGAAUCAGGCGCCAAGUCUUCCAAGGAGCAGAUUGUUCCGAUGCAGAUGGGCUGCCACGGAAUUGGCGUUUCUCGCUUGAUUUCGGCGGUUGCGAACCGUCUAGCAGAUCCCAAGGGGUUGAAUUGGCCCCGUGCUAUCGCACCCUUCGAUGUUGCCGUCGUGCCUACGAAGGGGCUGGACUCUGUUGCUGAGAAGAUCUACGACAGCCUCACUUCUGUGUCAGUGGAUACCCUUCUAGAUGAUCGGGAUAAGGGGAUGGGCUGGAAAUUGGGUGAUGCGGACCUGAUUGGAUAUCCAGUGCUCGUGGUUGUGGGCAAUGGGUGGAAGAAGAAUCAAACACUGGAAGUACAGUGUCGUCGCCUGGGCGUUAAAGAGGAUGUGUCCAUGGAUAAUCUGCCCACAUUUGUAGAGGGACUUUUGUCGCAACUCUAA